AUUAUUAGAAAAAAUAGUAUUUAUUAUUUAAAAAAAAAUGAUAUCAUAACAUUGUAAUCUUUUUGGUGCCCACAGGAUAUGGUAAGAAUUUGCAUAAUCAUGUUUAUAUACUACUGUAGAUUAAGUUUACCUUUUUCAAGAACAUUAAAAAAAAUGUGAAAAUUAGUAAUAGUGUUGUUUUAGUUUGGUUUCUUUGAUUUCCCUCUCUCGCGUCCACCUACCACCAGUUUCUUCAGAGACUUUAACAACCGUAACCAGUGAUACUUUUGUUGCUCAGUUACAUCGAGCGGAAGCGAGUUUUCAUCUGCAAAUCUGCAAUGCAAAGCGGUUACCACUCAUUUCCGGCGAGCGGCGCCUCCCCAAUCCUUAGCCCUACCAAGUCCAGGACGCAGUCGUGCUUCGCGCCGCUGCGGCCGUGGCGGCAGCUCAUCGGUAACCUAUCUUCGUACUCUCGUCCGCUCUCGCUCCCCGAUCUCGCGGCGAGGCUCCGACGGAACCUCUACUAUUUCCGCGUCAACUACGCCGUCGUAAUGCUUCUCGUACUCUUCCUCAGCCUCAUCUGGCACCCUGUCUCGAUGAUAGUCUUCUUAGUCGUCUUCGUCGCCUGGCUCUCCCUCUACUUCUUCCGCGAAGAGCCGCUGGUUAUCUUCAAUCAGACGUUCGAGGAUAGGGCGGUGUUGAGCGUUCUCAGCGUAGUCACGGUGGUGAGCUUGGGGAUGACCGGCGUUUCGCUCAACGUUUUCCUGUCCGUUUUGAUAGGGGCGGCGGUUGUUACCCUGCACGCGGCGUUUAGAGCCACUGAAGAUUUGUAUCUCGAAGAAGAUGAAGCUGCCGGCGGCGCAAUGCUCCCCCCCUUCUUUGGUACCACCUCUCGAGUGGUCCCCACUAGGGUAGUGUUGGUUUGAAAAGCUUUUGUAACACUUGCUUUCAUCAUAUUUCAUAUGGAAAUACCCAAUUUGGGUUUUGCGCAAA